AUGGAAGAAGAGACGGCUGACAUAGAGGCACAAAAUGAUAAACAACCAGAAGUUGCAGCCAUUUUCAAGAAAGCCAAUAAUGCUAUUGCUUUGAAGUUUGAGGAUGUAGUCUACAAGGUCAAAUUCACGAAAUCAUGUUUUUGUGGAAAGAUUACCAAAACAGAAGAAAAAUUUAUCUUGAAAGGAGUCACAGGCAAGGUUCUACCUGGUGAAAUGUUAGCCAUGUUAGGUCCCUCAGGCAGUUCCAAAACAACUCUCUUAACUGCAUUAGGAGGCAAACUUGGAGGACUACUUGAUGGGAACAUAACCUAUAAUGGAAAGAGCUUCUCCAACUCAAUGAAAAGGAACAUGGGAUUUGUUACUCAAGAUGAUGUUCUUUACCCUCAUUUAACAGUGGCAGAAACAUUGGUUUUCACUGCCCUUCUUAGGAUGGAAAAUACUUUUACUAAAGAAGAGAAGAUCAUGCAUGCAGAAUCUGUAAUCACUCAACUAGGUUUGACCAAGUGCAAGAAUAGCAUCAUUGGGGGACCAUUUUUGAGAGGACUUUCUGGGGGUGAAAGAAAGAGGGUUAGCAUAGCCCAAGAAAUGCUCAUAAACCCUAGCCUUCUUUUGUUGGAUGAGCCAACAUCAGGUCUUGAUUCGACAACAGCUCAGAGAAUUGUGUCAACGUUGUGGGAACUUGCAAAAGGAGGAAGAACAAUUGUAAUGACCAUCCAUCAACCUUCAAGUAGGUUGUUUUACUUUUUUGACAAGGUUUUGUUGUUAUCAGAAGGCAACCCAUUGUACUUUGGGGAGAGAUCACAAGUCAUGGAUUACUUUUCCAGCAUUGGAUAUGCUCCAGCAGUUCCCAUGAAUCCUGCCGAUUUCCUUCUGGAUCUUGCAAAUGGUGUGUCAUCAAAUAGUGAGGUUCCUGGCACUGUUAAGCAGAAUCUAGUUUCAGCCUACAAGAGCAAUCUUGCAAACAAGUUGAAGUCAGAGGCUCAUGAAAUUGAUGACCCGUCUCAAGAUGGAUUAAAUGAUAAGCAAGUCUCACGGUGGGCUACAACCUGGUGGCAAGAGUUCUCUGUAUUGUUGAUUAGAGGAAUGAAAGAAAGGAAGCAUAACUCCUUCUCUGGCCUCAAGAUAGGCCAGGUCUUGGUAGUAGCCUUCCUCUCAGGGCUCCUGUGGUGGCAAUCUGAUGUAUCCCAUAUACAAGAUCAGAUGGGGCUUCUCUUCUUUUACUCAGGAUUUUGGGGCAUCUUCCCUUUAUUCCAAGCUAUUUUCACUUUCCCCCAAGAACGCCGAAUGCUCGAAAAGGAGCGAUCUUCCGGCAUGUAUCGACUCUCAUCAUACUUCAUGUCAAGGAUUGUCAGUGACCUCCCAAUGGAGCUAGUCCUUCCUACUAUAUUUGUAACUAUAACCUACUGGAUGGCAGGGCUGAAAGGCAGUCCUGGAAACUUCUUUCUCACAUUGUCUGUUCUCUUGUAUUCUGUGUUAGUAGCAGGAGGUCUCGGACUAGCUAUUGGUGCUCUGGUGUUGAACCGAAGAUCUGCUACCAUAACGGGAUCAGUAAUCAUGCUAUCGUUCCUGCUCGCUGGUGGAUACUAUGUUACACAUGUCCCUGCCUUCAUUAGCUGGGUAAAGUACAUCUCCAUUAGUCAAUACACAUACAAGCUGUUGCUGGGGUCCCAAUACAAGCCUGGUGACACCUAUACAUGUGUUGGUGCCGGAGGAGUUUGUUUAGUCGGAGAUUAUCCUGCAAUUAAAAAAGUGGGGCUUGAUGGCCAAGUUCUUGGUGUCGUAGCAUUAGGGAUUAUGCUUGUGGGUUAUCGCCUAAUCGCGUAUCUUGCUCUCAUGAGGAUUGGAGUGACUCAAAGGUAGAGCGAAUGUUUUACUUUUGUUUAGUUUUAUGUCUGGACAUUACUGUUGUAAGGUUGGCCAUAAAAUCGAAAAACCAAAGAGGAUGUUUCAUAUGAGUUAAGAAACAUUUCCUCUUCACUUCAAUG